AUGCCUGGUGAAGAGGCCCAGCUCGUCUAUGGGUACCCCAGGAGAGGGCACGGCCACUCCUACAUCACCGCUCAAGAGAUCGUAGGGAUCGGCAUCCUGACAGUGAUCCUGGGGCUCCUGCUGUUCCUUGGCUGCUGGUACUGUAGAAAACGAAGUGGAUACCGGAGAUUGAAGGACAAAAGCCUUUAUGCUGGUACUCAAAGUACCUUAACAGGAAUAUGUCCACGCGAGGGACCUGGUUACCAGGACAGCAAACUGACUUUUCAAGGGAACAAUUAUGAACCUGUGGUUCCCAAUGCUCCGCCUGCCUAUGAGAAACUCUCCGCACAACAGUCACCACCACCUUACUCUCCGUGAGAGCCAGUGGGGCCCCCGAGAGAUGCUGAAAUGGCUUGCCUCACACUUUGGAUUAAAUCUAAUGUGGACAUUUAAUGGUCUGCUUUGGAACGCCAUAGAAACAGUGUACACCAUCACAACUAAUAAGCUUAGUGCUAAAUUCUUAGUAGGGAAACUAGCAAUACUCAUUUAGGAAAUGAUGAAAAAUAUUAAAAUGGAAGAACUUUGUCAAUAAAUGUUGUAGUGCAAACUA